AUGCGAGUGCUGCAAGUUGAGCCACUGCGUAACGGGAUUUUUGAAACUCCCGACUAUACACCAUCCUGUGGCUGCGCGAAAGGGACCUUGGCGAUCACAUUCAAAGCGCUGGCCAAGCCGCAUCUCACUUAUGCGGCACCAAUCUGGUCCCCCAUAAUCAGCUCUUCCAGCCUCCACCGCCUUCAGUCAGCACAGAACCCUGUCCUCCGCACGAUUACAGGCUUCUAUAAAAUGUCGCCUAUCGAUCAUCUGCAUGCAGCCAGCAGUUUUGGUGGACGUGUUCGCAACCCGGCCAUCCUAAUCGCCAUCGUUGUCACGCUCCUGAACGCAGCUGCGGCGUCUAUUCGAGCUCUCCACAAGGAAGCUGUCGCCUCGUUUCUCUCGGAUCUACCCGCUGAUGGCUCUGCCACCAAGACAGGCUUCCAGCGUCUUUAUUAG